AGAAUAAAAUGUAUUAACCUCCUUUUGCAAAUAGGAAAUAAAACGCAACCAACGCCUUAGUACCUAUGAAGAUAAGCGAUUGUGUUUUAUCCGCAAUUCUCACGUUCCUGGACUCAACAUCUUUUAUUUCGCUUCCUGGAAGCCAAUGACGCUAGAGUUCUUGGAGUUUGUAGAGACGGUCGGAGAAGGUCAUCUCGCUCGUGGGUGGAUAAGAAACAUUGCAGAACACGGAGGCCAACGUGGGUGCGCACGUCAGGCAGCUGAAAAAAGCGCACAUUUCUAUGUAUGUAUGCGAGAUCGUGCACAUACUGCCAUCUCGCUCUAACCAACGAAGUUCUUGCGGGCCAGCAACUAGAGGCUUGAGUGCGCAGUUGGCUGAUGAAAUAGAGUGAAAAUUUCUGGAUUGUGGUUUGUUUGAAUCAAGAAUACCGUCUAAGCGAGAAGUAUUGCGAGUGGUUAUGUCUGUGUUUGACCCAUUUGGAAUUCUAGCCGAAUAUUCCCUGAUCGCUAAACUGCUUCUGCAGUCAAUAUGGCAAAAGCGAACAGAGUGGGACCAGCCAAUUGAGGGCGACGAUAUAAAGCAAUGGAAAUGUUGGUUGCGCAGCCUAAGCCAAGCAUGCAAGAUAAGGAUACCCCGAUGUUACGCUGAAGAGUUCUUUGGGGAACCAAUUGAACUACACAUAUUUUGCGAUGCGAGUGAGUCAGCUUAUGCAGCAGUUGGAUACUGGCGCAUACGUACGAAAUCUGGAUGGAAGUCCGCAUUUAUAAUGGGAAAGACCAAGUGAGCCCCAAUGAAACUAUCGACCAUACCCAGGCUCGAGCUACAGGCGGCAGUGCUAGGAACUCGUCUCAGGAAAUGUAUUCUUGAGGGUCACGACGUCAACCCCAAAUGUGUCCACAUGUGGUCCGACUCCAAAACUGUCUUAGCAUGGAUUAAAUCAGAUCACAGAAAAUAUAAGCCAUAUGUAGAACACAGAAUUGACGAGAUACUUGAAGCCACAAGGUUGGAAGAUUGGCAUUGGGUGCCUACUAAGGAUAACCCGGCAGACUUUGGCACCAAACUCAGAUCUGGAACUCGAGAAACCUCCUGGUUGAGAGGCCCUCAAUUCCUUCAAGAGGACGCAAGUCAAUGGAAUCUAGGAACUUCAGACGUUGGUGACACGGAACUGGAACUAAGAAGCAAGUUUACGUUAUCAAUCAAUGAGAUGUCUUCAGAUGGAUCUGUCAAUAUCGUAUUCAGGGAGUUGCUGGAAAGGUUCUCUUCAUUUACAAGGCUGAUGCGAGUUGUCGCUUGGGUCUACAGGAUGUGUUAUCGUAAGAUCAAACGAAAAGUCUACCUUGAUGUAGCUGAAAUUGAAGAAGCUAUACUCAUAGUGAUCCGCAAUGUACAGGAUGUUGCAUUUCAUGAUAAGCGGGUGGCGCUAUUGACUGGACAGUCCAUCGAAAAGAACAGCAAGCUGUGGAAGUUUUCUCCGAUCAUAGACGGAAGAGGAGUGAUCCGCAUGAAUGGGCGUAUUAAUAACGCAUGUUCGGUUGGAGAAGAAACCAGGCGUCCAAUAUUAAUGCCCCAAGGGCAUCACGUUACAAAAUUGAUCGUGCGACAUUAUCACGAGCUAUGGAAACACCAGAAUGAAAACACAAUUAUAGCAGAAAUACGCAGAAAGUACUACAUACCACACUGCCGACAGGAGGUUCGCCGUGCAGCUAGAAAUUGUAUGACUUGUAAAAUCCAGAGAGCUUCACCAAAAAUGCCAUUAAUGGGACAACUUCCUAAGGACAGACUAUACAUAGUAAAUUCCAGACCGCUUACACACAUUGCUCUGGAUAACCCCACAGACGAUCCGAUAACCCCUAAUCACUUUCUUCUAGGUUCUCCCAAUUCUAGCCAGACACCACAUCCACAAGAGGAGAUGUACCAGCCAACUCGAAAGGAAUGGCGCAUCGCUCAGCAGAUCUCACACUCAUUUUGGAACAAGUGGCUCAAUGAGUACCUACCAGACCUAUGCAGACGGACAAAGUGGCAUCACCCAGUGCCACCACUCGCUGAAAUGGACAUUGUUCUUAUCUGUGAUAAGAACCUUCAUCGAUCUCAAUGGAAAAAGGGAGUUAUUCUAGCAGUCACGCCUGGACGCGACGGACAGGUUCGCUCAGCCACUGUAAAGACGACGGCUGGAGUUCUACACCGCCCAACCUGUAAGCUGGCAAAGCUAGACAUAUUGUGAAUCACGAGCGUGCUUGAUUCACGGUGGUGGGGAUGUUGUCGAGAAAAAUUAGCUUAUAUAUACUUAGUUUUAAGCAAAGGCACAGAUACCCUACAUAAAGAAAGAAGAGAGAAGAAAAAUGCCCACACUAUGAAAAGACAAGAAGGUCACAUUAGUUUGGGAAGUCAAAGAAAGAGCGGGGAGAAAAGACGAAGCGUGCGUAGAUAUAUUACCUACAUAUAAGAAUAAAAUGUAUUAACCUCCUUUUGCAAAUAGGAAAUAAAACGCAACCAACGCCUAAGUACCUAUGAAGAUAAGCGAUUGUGUUUUAUCCGCAAUUCUCACGUUCCUGGACUCAACAUCUUUUAUUUCGCUUCCUGGAAGCCAAUGACGCUAGAGUUCUUGGAGUUUGUAGAGACGGUCGGAGAAGGUCAUCUCGCUCGUGGGUGGAUAAGAAACAUUGCAGAACACGGAGGCCAACGUGGGUGCGCACGUCAGGCAGCUGAAAAAAGCGCACAUUUCUAUGUAUGUAUGCGAGAUCGUGCACAUACUGCCAUCUCGCUCUAACCAACGAAGUUCUUGCGGGCCAGCAACUAGAGGCUUGAGUGCGCAGUUGGCUGAUGAAAUAGAGUGAAAAUUUCUGGAUUGUGGUUUGUUUGAAUCAAGAAUACCGUCUAAGCGAGAAGUAUUGCGAGUGGUUAUGUCUGUGUUUGACCCAUUUGGAAUUCUAGCCGAAUAUUCCCUGAUCGCUAAACUGCUUCUGCAGUCAAUAUGGCAAAAGCGAACAGAGUGGGACCAGCCAAUUGAGGGCGACGAUAUAAAGCAAUGGAAAUGUUGGUUGCGCAGCCUAAGCCAAGCAUGCAAGAUAAGGAUACCCCGAUGUUACGCUGAAGAGUUCUUUGGGGAACCAAUUGAACUACACAUAUUUUGCGAUGCGAGUGAGUCAGCUUAUGCAGCAGUUGGAUACUGGCGCAUACGUACGAAAUCUGGAUGGAAGUCCGCAUUUAUAAUGGGAAAGACCAAGUGAGCCCCAAUGAAACUAUCGACCAUACCCAGGCUCGAGCUACAGGCGGCAGUGCUAGGAACUCGUCUCAGGAAAUGUAUUCUUGAGGGUCACGACGUCAACCCCAAAUGUGUCCACAUGUGGUCCGACUCCAAAACUGUCUUAGCAUGGAUUAAAUCAGAUCACAGAAAAUAUAAGCCAUAUGUAGGACACAGAAUUGACGAGAUACUUGAAGCCACAAGGUUGGAAGAUUGGCAUUGGGUGCCUACUAAGGAUAACCCGGCAGACUUUGGCACCAAACUCAGAUCUGGAACUCGAGAAACCUCCUGGUUGAGAGGCCCUCAAUUCCUUCAAGAGGACGCAAGUCAAUGGAAUCUAGGAACUUCAGACGUUGGUGACACGGAACUGGAACUAAGAAGCAAGUUUACGUUAUCAAUCAAUGAGAUGUCUUCAGAUGGAUCUGUCAAUAUCGUAUUCAGGGAGUUGCUGGAAAGGUUCUCUUCAUUUACAAGGCUGAUGCGAGUUGUCGCUUGGGUCUACAGGAUGUGUUAUCGUAAGAUCAAACGAAAAGUCUACCUUGAUGUAGCUGAAAUUGAAGAAGCUAUACUCAUAGUGAUCCGCAAUGUACAGGAUGUUGCAUUUCAUGAUAAGCGGGUGGCGCUAUUGACUGGACAGUCCAUCGAAAAGAACAGCAAGCUGUGGAAGUUUUCUCCGAUCAUAGACGGAAGAGGAGUGAUCCGCAUGAAUGGGCGUAUUAAUAACGCAUGUUCGGUUGGAGAAGAAACCAGGCGUCCAAUAUUAAUGCCCCAAGGGCAUCACGUUACAAAAUUGAUCGUGCGACAUUAUCACGAGCUAUGGAAACACCAGAAUGAAAACACAAUUAUAGCAGAAAUACGCAGAAAGUACUACAUACCACACUGCCGACAGGAGGUUCGCCGUGCAGCUAGAAAUUGUAUGACUUGUAAAAUCCAGAGAGCUUCACCAAAAAUGCCAUUAAUGGGACAACUUCCUAAGGACAGACUAUACAUAGUAAAUUCCAGACCGCUUACACACAUUGCUCUGGAUAACCCCACAGACGAUCCGAUAACCCCUAAUCACUUUCUUCUAGGUUCUCCCAAUUCUAGCCAGACACCACAUCCACAAGAGGAGAUGUACCAGCCAACUCGAAAGGAAUGGCGCAUCGCUCAGCAGAUCUCACACUCAUUUUGGAACAAGUGGCUCAAUGAGUACCUACCAGACCUAUGCAGACGGACAAAGUGGCAUCACCCAGUGCCACCACUCGCUGAAAUGGACAUUGUUCUUAUCUGUGAUAAGAACCUUCAUCGAUCUCAAUGGAAAAAGGGAGUUAUUCUAGCAGUCACGCCUGGACGCGACGGACAGGUUCGCUCAGCCACUGUAAAGACGACGGCUGGAGUUCUACACCGCCCAACCUGUAAGCUGGCAAAGCUAGACAUAUUGUGAAUCACGAGCGUGCUUGAUUCACGGUGGUGGGGAUGUUGUCGAGAAAAAUUAGCUUAUAUAUACUUAGUUUUAAGCAAAGGCACAGAUACCCUACAUAAAGAAAGAAGAGAGAAGAAAAAUGCCCACACUAUGAAAAGACAAGAAGGUCACAUUAGUUUGGGAAGUCAAAGAAAGAGCGGGGAGAAAAGACGAAGCGAAAUAAAACGCAACCAACGCCUAAGUACCUAUGAAGAUAA